UGGAUCCUGCAUAGUUCAAAUCCUCCAGACCGUGCUUCGCGACGGCUCAGGGCAGCUGGAGGACGUGACGGAUGAGGGAGAUUAUUCUCAACGACUACGACGACGACGACGCAAGACCGACCAGUAUACAGGCGCUUCAGACGAAGCGGACAGGUGGCUGCUUAGUAGAAAAUGGGCAACGCUGACUCCAAACUCAACUUCAGAAAAGCUGUGAUACAACUAACAACCAAAACACAGCCCGUGGAGACUACAGACGAUGCCUUCUGGGACCAGUUCUGGGCGGAUACUGCCACGACUGUCCAGGAUGUGUUUGCCCUGGUGCCGGCGGCGGAGAUACGAGCCGUCAGGGAGGAAUCUCCCUCCAAUCUAGCAACCCUCUGCUACAAGGCGGUGGGGAAGCUAGUCCAGGGGGCUGACUCUGGUUGUCCCUCAGAGAAGGAGAGACAGAUAGUCCUUAACUGCACCCGUCUGCUCACACGUAUCCUACCAUACAUCUUUGAGGACGCAGACUGGAGAGGGUUCUUCUGGUCUAUCGUGCCUGGAGCUGGGCAGGAUGAAGGUGAUGAUAAUGAUGGAGCAAGGCCCCUGGCUGAGUCUCUCCUCCUGGCUGUAUCUGACCUGCUCUUCUGUCCAGACUUCACCGUCCAGAGCCACAAGAGAGCCGGCCAGGACACAGAGGAGGACAUGCAGUCGAUAGACAGCUGUGAGUACAUCUGGGAGGCAGGGGUGGGGUUCGCUCAGUCACCCCCUCUCAACUACAUCCACGACCUCAACAGGACGGAGCUGCUGAAGCUGCUACUGACCUGUUUCUCUGACGCCAUGUACCUGCCCCCCUCUGCUGAGAACAACAUCCUCAACCCCUGGGUUACCUUCUUCAGCUCUACAGACAACCGACAUGCCCUGCCUCUCUUCACGUCUCUCCUCAACGUGGUGUGCGCCUAUGACCCAGUGGGGUACGGUAUCCCCUACAACCACCUGAUGUUCUCUGACUACCGAGAGGUGCUGGUGGAGCAUGCUGUCCAGAUCCUCAUAGUGACUCUGGAGCACGAGACUGGGGCAGCCCAACACAACCUGGACCACUCAGACUCCCUCUCCGCCUCUGCCAUGGAAGACCAGGAGCCUGUGGGACCAUACAACCUGUUUGUAAACUACCUGUCAAGGAUCCAUAGGGAGGAGGACUUCAACUUCAUCCUGAAGGGCCUGGCCAGACUGUUGACCAACCCUCUGAUCCAAACCUACCUGCCCAACUCUACCAAGAAAAUCCAGUUCCACCAGGAACUCCUGGUGCUCUUCUGGAAGCUCUGUGACUUCAACAAGAAGUUUCUGUUCUUCGUGUUAAAGAGCAGUGAUGUUCUGGAUGUCCUGGUGCCUGUCCUGUUCUACCUGAAUGAUGCACGGGCUGACCAGUCUCGUGUGGGCCUGAUACACAUCGGUGUGUUCAUCCUGCUGCUGCUGAGUGGAGAGAGGAACUUUGGUGUGCGUCUGAAUAAACCCUACUCGGUACGAGUCCCCAUGGACAUCCCUGUGUUCACUGGAACACAUGCUGAUCUGCUCAUCAUGAUUUUCCACAAAAUCAUCACGGGUGGACACCAGCGCCUGAAGCCUCUCUUUGACUGCCUGCUUACUAUCAUAGUGAACGUGUCUCCCUACCUGAAGAGUCUGUCCAUGGUAGCAGCCAACAAGCUGCUCCACCUCCUCGAAGCCUUCUCCACCAACUGGUUCCUGUUCUCUGCCUCCCAGAAUCAUCAUCUGGUCUUCUUCCUGCUCGAGGUCUUCAACAACAUCAUACAGUACCAGUUUGAUGGUAACUGUAACCUGGUGUAUGCCAUCAUCCGUAAGCGCAACAUCUUCCAUCAGCUGGCCAAUCUGACCUCUGACCUGGCCACGAUCCACAAGGCCCUACAGAUGAAGAAGAAGACCCUGGCUGGUAUCUCCCGUACCAACUCCCAGGAGACCAUCUCCAUGGAUGGGUCCCGACCGGCCGUCCCAGCCGAGCCAGGGACCCUCAAAGCCAGCCUCGUGGCAAUACCAGCUAUUGACAAGCUGACAGAGAAGGCUCAGGUCUCUGAGGAUGGCACCAUGGUCUGUCUCCAGCACAACACACACUCCCCACAGAUGACCGCUGACCAGCACACACACUCUCCGCAGCCUCAGACGGCUGGUGACCAGCACAAACACUCGCCACAGUCUGCUGACUCUAACACCAGUGGUAAAGCAGGAGCCAGCGACACAGAGUCCAACUCAGGGAGAGACACCGAGGAGGCCUUUCAACCAGAGUCAGAACCGGCCAGGAGUCGUUUGUCCAGAGUGUCAGCAUCAGCUACAUACUGGAACCCCACUCCAGACUGGGUCCUCUCCUGGAAGAGGAAGCUUCCUCUCCAGACGAUCAUGAGGCUGCUACAAGUCCUGGUUCCUCAGGUGGAGAAGAUCUGCAUAGACAAGGGCCUGACAGACGAGUCAGAGAUCCUGAAGUUCCUGCAGCAUGGUACCCUGGUGGGCCUGCUACCCGUGCCUCACCCCAUCCUCAUCAGGAAGUACCAGGCCAACGCGGGCACCGCCAUGUGGUUCCGCACAUACAUGUGGGGUGUCAUCUACCUACGUAACGUGGAUCCUCCUAUCUGGUACGACACUGACGUCAGACUGUUUGAGAUCCAGAGGGUCUAAGUGGAGGAGGUGAAGAGGUCUCUACGACUGCGUCCGAAAUGGCACCCUAUCCCCUAUAUAGUGCACAACUUUUGACUGGAGCCUUAUGGACCCUGGUCAAAAGUAGUGCACUAUAUAAGGGGAUAGGGUGCCAUUUGGGAAGCACUGCGUCUCUCUGGAACUGGGUUGUCUGGCUGGUUCCCCCUCAGAACCACCAACCAAUAACCCUCUCCUACCAACUGCCAUCUUCAAAGCUGAACAGAAGUCUGGAUGAGGAAGAGGACAGAUGAAGAUUAACGGACAAGAAUUGACAGUGUUUGUUUUCUGCAUUUUGUUUCUUGCCAACCCGUAAAUCAUCAUGUAAUAAACCACUUUUACUACAAGCUGUCUGCCACUACAACUGCCAAAAGAUCUGCCAUAUCAACCCUGUACUCUACUCUACUGGUGUAGAUUUUACAUGUCGGUAUAUUCCUUCACUUCUUCAACCUUGAUGUAUCUUUUUUUGCCAAACAAAAAACAUGUAUACACUACUGUAUUUUUUAAACAUUUUUAGUCAUUUAGCAGACGCUC